AUGGGGCCGUUCUCGGCACUUGUGCCAGUGGUUGCAACGUCCUGGCUUCCCAGUGGACCCAAGUUCACCAUCACCGUGGAGAACGCCUUGCCGGAGGAUGUGAUCAACAGAGUGACUGAUACACCACUGGCGGUUGCGGUCAGCUCUGGCUCGUCACGCGAUGGCCGUGCCUCGUUCGGCCUGCAAGCUUACUCCAUGCUGGGCCGUGAGGAGAUGACACAGGUCGUAGGAAAGACGGUGUUUUACCCGAACCGGGAUGAGCUAUGGCGGGCAGUGCCACUCAACAGCAAAGAACAGGCUGGCCGUUUUUGGCUCGUGUGCGGACAGGACGUGGGUGGAUCUGGCUCACUUAGCAGUGCCUUCGAUGCAAUCCAGCACUUUGUGCAGCGCGCUAGUUCCUACCUGUACGAUGGUUCAGUGCAUCCGCCGAAGAAAGCGCGCAAGUCGGCCUACGGGAAUGCCGACGACCUGCCAAAGUCUUACGAUGAGUACCUGGCGAACCUGAUUGCUGACAGAGGCGGCGCGGACGCUGAUGCCUCACCAGAAGAUUUGGAAGAGGACGACAAGCUUCCUACGGAGGAAGACGAUGACGCUGAGACUGAGGUAUCGAGCACCGAGUUCAAGGAAGCUGCUCUUGGCGCUCUAGCAGAGGCCUUCCCACGUGAGAGGAGUAGCAUGUCUAGGUUCCUGAACAUUGUUGUCAACGCUGUGCUUGGCAGCGAUCCAUCCUCUUCUGAGUCUGAGCCGGAUGAGGCGGACGAGCAAGAUGUGAAGCAUCCGGAGGCAGCACCAGUCAAGCGCAAACACGCAAGUGACACCACCGAGGAAACAGACUGUGUCGUGGAAAGUACCACCGAGGUGACUGUAACUGUUGGCGCCUCCUCGUCCCCCUCCUCUUCCCCCUCCUCGUCACCCUUCUCUGCUGCUCCUUAUGUGAUAAAAACACCUUCUGACGAGGAAGAGAAGGCUAAGGAUGCUGCGUGCAAAGCUGAACGCGAGCGCGUUGUUCUAGUUUUGCCGCUUAUCUCAGCUGGUGGUGGACAUUUGCACUCUAGCGAAGUGCUCUCGGCUACAGUGAGUGCUCUCGGUGACAUCAGUACAGACUUCAUGCCGGCCUGCGACGUAGACAUCAUCAUCUGCCUUACAACACCUGAUCGCAAUGCCCAAGGCGGGCGCUUGGCCUUGAUGAAUGACAUCCAGAAUGGAAGGAUGCACAUCGGAGACAUUCUUGCACGCUCCAGCAGCAACACCAUGGAAUUCACAGCCCUUGCACCCAAGGAGGCUCUGGGUAUUCCCAUGGAGACGACCGACACAACACGCUGGACAACCCGGCGUGUCCUCUUGCCCCUGAACGGAACACUGCAUGAUCUACAACGUGAAAUGAAUUUCUAUGUGGACGACGAUGGUACAUGUGCCAAGCAGACCUCACUUCUCAAGCUGAACAUCACCGACGGAUCCAUAGUCAAGUUGAAUGAGAUGGGCGAUGUCGUGGCCUACAGUGUAUUUAAACAGGGAGGUCAAUUCAGGAGCAGAAGUAACAAUUGCACAAAUAUGAGAGUACCUGAGACCGAGGGUACCUGUGUGGAGCGAUAAAAUGCUAAAAGCAAACAGAAGAAACGAAAUCAUCACGUUGCCGACUUCUUGAUUUCAAGUCGACUACACGCGCAUAGACUUUUGCAUAAUAGUGCGGCCUUACGUCAUUUUUAAUUUCUUGAGAGUUCUUACCGUUUCACUUUUUACCGCCCCGGGCACAGCAUGCAAAUCAAACAUGCGUAGUCAAUGUUCCAGACGAAUCACCCCAUCAUCACAUACUGUUUUAGACCAGAGCGAGCUCACUAGCUAUCACCAGUAGGCUCCCUGGGAGCACAUGUUGUACACGUGAUGUGAUGCUCGCUGAUCUCCAAUAUUUUCUCUAUACCAGCAUAAUCCUCUGUUUUAUGUUCCUUCCCCGUUUCCAGUAUUCAGUAUAUCUCCAUGUUAUGUACUACAUGUAGUUUGUGUUUCUAUAUCUCCAUUUUAUGCACUAGUUUUUUUCUCUCGCUUUCGCACUCAACCUUUCGAUCAAGGUUAAAUGUUGAAACAAAUAAAAUCCUCUAGUCUUUCAAAUCAAAUGACAGCGGCUAUAAUGCACCUGACUGUGCGGAGGAAAGUCA